AUGACAUGGCAACCCAAGCUCCGCCCAAAGGGCUUCCCUCACAGUCUUGAUGAUUUUGCCCUCGCAUCAUUGACUGAAUUGGAGCACCGGUCAAGGACAGGCGAAGACAAACGGGACCAGCGCGUAUUCCGGGUAAAGCGUAAGCAUGUGCUCAAAGCUUGUGAUCGAUGCCGGGUCAAAAAAACAAAGUGUGAUGGCAAGCAACCCUGCAAUCGAUGCUCGGUAUACAAUCAUCCAUGUCUUUUCCGCGAAAGGAAAGCCACCCAAACCAAGGUGUACUCUAGAGGGUCAGUGAAAAUACACAUGGGUUUUCGAAUCAAUCAAUCACCUUCCGCUAGCGUCGGAUAUUAA